GCUGCUGGGGUGCUCUCUCUCUCUCUCUAUCUUUCUGCUUCUGUGCUGUGUGCUUCGGCGUGCCGUGACCAAAACACGUCCGAAAAUCAAAACAUUGCCUCUCGCCGCCGAGAUCGGUCAGUCAGUCAGUCAGCCGCGUGCGAGUAAGUCGUGUCCAUAGCCGUCGUCGUCGUCGUCGUCGUCGUAGUCGUCCCACCCCAAGGAGGAAAAUUUUAUUACUUUUUUGACAAAAAUUGAUCGCUUGCGUGGGCCGAUCCGCAAAUCAACAUGAAACUCACUGUAUUGAAUUGGUUCGUGUUUCCCGCGAUGGGACUAGUGUGGUCGAUGACCGUGCCGAUUUUCAACCACUUUUAUUGCGCCGACAUGCCCAUCGAGCACGUGACCGAGAUGAUGGAUCCUCAGGAUUGGGACUCCGACACCUAUCAAAUGAUCAAUUUUAUCGGCUUGGCGGAAAAUUAUGGUUACACGGCCGAGGAGUACAAAGUGACGACGAAAGAUGGCUAUAUAUUGACGCUGCACAGAAUCAGCGGCAGCCCAUCGAGCCCCAAAGCUCCCGGGAAACCGGCCGUCUAUUUGCAGCACGGCAUUCUGCUGUCGUCCGACAGUUGGAUCCUCAUGGGUCCCGAAAAGGAUCUUGCAUUUUUACUCGCUGACCAAGGCAAGGACGUGUGGCUUGGAAAUACUCGUGGAAAUACGUAUUCUCGGGCUCAUGUCAAACUGGACCCGGCCGAAGAGCAAUUUUGGGAAUUCAGCUAUCACGAGAUGGGUAUCUACGACUUACCAGCCAUAAUUGACACGAUACUCGACAUGACUGACUCGCAAAAGCUCGAGUAUUACGGCUACUCGAUGGGCACGACGAUAAGUUACGUAUUGUUGUCCCAGCGCCCGGAAUACAAUCAGAAAAUCAGCAAAAUGUACCACAUAGCUCCGGUAGCGAAGUGGGGCUCGACUCUGAAAAGCAUGCUCAAAGUCAUGGAUGUGAUAUUCGACGCGCUGAAGGAAUUUAUUACGUUCUUUAAAUUUCAACAAUUGCUACCCCAAUCAGCGAUGGCGGCUGAACUGGGUAAAAAACAGUGCGACGAGAGUAGCUUCUUUCAACCAAUCUGCUUUACAUUGUUUUCAACUAUUGGACUCGAUAAAAGUAGAUUCAAUCAGACACUGCUACCUCAUGUAAUGAAGCAUUUCCCAGCUGGAGUUUCCAAGUAUACCGUCUAUCAUUAUAAUCAGAAUUAUAAUACUCAUAAAUUUGCGGCAUAUGACUACGGCGUGGGAAUAAAUCUUAAAAAGUAUGGUACGGCCAAGCCGCCAAAAUAUGAUUUGUCCAAGGUUAAGGUACCAGUUACCAUUUGGUAUGCCGAUAACGACGACAUCGCCUACCCAGACAAUGUCUUCAGUUUGGCCAAAGAAUUACCAAAUGUUAUAGAUGUUAACAAAGUUGACGACCCGAAGUUCAAUCACUUCGACUUUUUAUGGGCUACUGACGUCAGACAACUCGUCUACAACAAGCUGUGAUAUAUAUAAUUGUAUAUAUAUAUACUUUCGAUGAGAGCCAAAAGACUUGAUUUUAAAUUUCAUUUAAAAACUUGUUAAAAAAUUGUACAUAUCAGUAUUUAUUUUAAAUAUACAGUGAAUAUAGCCUGCUCUGAAAGGAUUAAAUCCAAUACAUAUCAACAACGAGACAUUAGGAUUUCUUAAAGCUCUGUUGUCCAUAUGUAAGUUUCAGAUUAAUAGCAGGUUGAUAUACACUAUAUUUACUUGUAUAUAUAAAAAAACUAGCCUUAUUUAGCUAAAUUUUCUAUUUUAUCCAAUCUGACAGUUUUAUGAAUUACAAGCAGUGUGUAGUUUUCGAGUAUAGUUACGUCUAGAUAUUAUAUAGUUGAAUACGCACCUACAAGGAUGUAAAGUAUAAGUGUGGUUGUUUCUUUGUAAAUCGAAACGAAGUUUGAGAUGGACAAAUGUGCAAUGUUUUAGCGCUUGAUAAUUUAUCUUCCUUAAUAAUUGUGAAUAAUUUGUUUCUCGUUUGCUUGAAAGGAGACGAUCAAACUCUCGAGUAUGAACAUUGUCGGCUUUCACAGCUCGAGCAUCGACGAAAAAACUGUGUUUAUAUAGGAUAAAAUAUUUUUAGAAAAUUUCGUACGCGAAUGGCUCAAAGAGCGAAAUUGUGAAUUUUAACGAAGGAAUAAAUAGUUUUCUUUUUUCGAUACACAAAAA